AUGGUCAAAAUUUUCUCCCAUCUCUCUAUUUUUGCCUUAGUAUUAGCAGAAAAAUUGGGAGAAGUGGAAGAAGUGGAAGAAGUGGAAGAAGUGGGAGAAGUGGAAGAAUUGGGAGGGGGGGAAGAAUCGGGAGGAGUGGAAGAAGUGGAAGAAGUGGAAGAAUUGGAAAGGGGAGAAGAAUCGGGAGGAGUGGAAGAAGUGGAAGAAGUGGUCGUAGUGGUCGUAGUGGUCGUAGUGUUCGUAGCUGUAGUGGUCGUAGUGUUCGUAGCCGCAGUGGUCGUAGUGUUCGUAGCCGCAGUGGUCGUAGUGUUCGUAGCCGCAGUGGUCGUAGUGUUC